AUGAACGUAUCGAAGCUUUCAUCCAAUCUCCUCGCAUCGACAAAACUGCUCGCAUCCGUAAAGCCAGUCAACUCUGCAACUGCUUCAGCUGCUCUACGUUCCUACUCAAGCGCUAAUGGCGAUGGACCGGUUUUUACAGAACGGCUGAGUGGAGAACAUGAAGGAAUCGUGCUUCUGCGUAUGGCAGAUAAAACAAAGAAGAACGCAAUUGAUAAACGUUUAUUGGAUUGUUUCCUCAGCCAUGUCGACGCAUUAAAGGCAGACAAGGAUUCCCGGGUUGUGAUCGUUAAAAGUGAUGUUCCAGGAACGUUUUGUGCCGGUGCUGAUUUGAAAGAACGUGCAAAAAUGGCUGAUGAGGAUGUGUUGCCAUUUGUUGAUAAGAUCCGUGCACUUACAACCAACUUGGCUGAUUUACCUGUACCCGUGAUAGCAUCUAUCAAUGGCUGGGCACUUGGUGGUGGUCUUGAAAUCGCUUUAGGAGCAGAUAUACGCGUUUCGAGUUGGUUUUUGUGA